CGUCCGGUGAAGGCAUUUCGGGCCUCCGCCGUGCCUUGCCAGUGGAGCCUGAAAGCAAGAAACGUUGCGCCGACGUCGCUUCCCGUCAGGACAACCAGCGAAGGAGCCAGCGCCGCUGCUACGACCAGUGCUUGCAUCCUCGUCAUGUCGGCAAGCCACUUCAGGAGACGUCCCUGAACUGGUGGUCCAAGCAAGCGGCCUGUGGACGCAUUUUGCUGCCCGACGAAGUGUUUCCCUGCCUGAAAUGGCGGGCCCACGGGUUCCUGGCAACGAACCUGAUCGUGGCUAUCAUUGGGACCCUGGGAGCAAUGUUUCGAAACUUACGCCUCCUCUUACUCUUCAUCUUCGCGGAGGCGUCGCUGAUUCCUGCCCCUUUCGUUGUUGCUAUCUGCUGCCUCCUGCCGCACUCCAUGAGCUGCUACAUAUUCCCGAACUCCUUCCAGUACUUCCUCUUCAUCGCUUGGGAAGGCAACAGCAGGUCACUGUGGAUACCGAUGCUCUGCGCCGGUCCGGUGAUUGUGGCUUGCUUCGCGUGCGCAGCAAAGUUGUACGACGCUGUAGACAUUGCAGUGCAGGCGCGGGCACUGAUUGCUGCGGCGCAGGAACGACGGGACCGGCGCCACACCCUUCGUCGGCGUGGCUAGACUCCAGGGACGCCGACGUCCCUUCUUC